GCAUUGGUUAUCAACAGUAAACAGAUGAUAACGAGUCUGUGUUUGUUAUAAAAACCAUGAACACAUAUGCCUCCUUAAGAGAUUUCCAGAGUUUCCCUUUGAUUCCCACAUUCAACAUGCUGGUGCAAAAGCUAAGCUGGAUCAUUUUGCUGCUGUUUCUGAGUCAACAUGGAAUAGAAGCACUGGCGAUCUGUGAAGGAGGGAUUGCUGUCCUCAGCUGUGAAGGCUCCUUUGGAAGAAUAAGGGUUAUUAGAGCCACCUAUGGACGGACUGAUCGCAGAACAUGUGCUGACGGGAAACCAUAUUCUCAGAUCUCAAACACGCGCUGCAGAGUAACAGUCACUAAUACAGUUUCCCGUUGGUGCCAUGGAAGAGAGAGGUGUGUUGUUCCUGCAUACAACUCACUUUUCGGCGAUCCUUGUGUUGGAACUUAUAAAUACCUGGACUUGACUUAUACAUGUCGGCGAUAUGAUAAUGAGUCUGUGGUUGUUAUAAAAACCAUGAACACAUAUGCCUCCUUAAGAGAUUUCCAGAGUUUCCCUUUGAUUCCCACAUUCAACAUGCUGGUGCAAAAGCUAAGCUGGAUCAUUUUGCUGCUGUUUCUGAGUCAACAUGGAACAGAAGCAGGUGUGAUCUGUGAAGGAGGGAUUGCCGUCCUCAGCUGUGAACGCUCCUUUGGAAGAAUAAGUGUUAUUCAAGCCACCUAUGGACGGACUGAUCGCGUAGCAUGUGCUAGAGGGAUACCAAAUUCUCAGACCUCAAACACGAGCUGCCUAGCAAACGCCACUAAUAAAGUUUCUCAUAGGUGCAAUGGAAGAAAGAGGUGUGUUGUUCCUGCAUCAAACUCACUUUUCGGCGAUCCUUGUGUUGGAACCUUUAAAUACCUGCACGUGACUUAUACAUGUCAGAUAUGAAGUGCACUGUGAAGACAUCUUGUCAACCGCUUCAAACUCUGAUCCAUGACAGUGUGUCAAUAAGUAUCUGAAAGUGGCGUCCGGCUGUAUAUAGUUUUGUUUGUGCUGCUGUUUUUUAUGUUUUGUGUGUUAUAAAUGGAAAUGGUCCCUAUUAUAGAUGUUAGAUGCCACUAUAUAAUAUUGUAUUUGGUCUAGCCAUUCACUCCUCAGUGAGACAAAAUAAUACAAUACAUUGAAAUAUGGGGUUCAAUUAAAAAUUAAUUUUACAACUUCCAUUUUUAUUUUGUAAAGCUUUAAUGAUCAUGUGUCAAUGUGAAUAAUGGGAAGCAAAAUGUCUCAAAUAAAAUGUCCAGAUGGAGAAACACACCUUGA